AUGGCCUCAUCCGACAGUAUCAAACGCACUGGCCCGUCGUGUACGGAAUGCCGUAAAAAAAAGACAAAAUGCUGUGGCGAUUGGGCUCCAUGUAAACGCUGUGCGAAAUUGGGCCUCCACUGCUCCUUACCUGUUAACACUGCCGCUGCCGGGAGCUCACGCCGUUCAAAGAAGUACCAGAAGCACCAAGAGGAUCAGCAAGACCGUCGCUCUCCUCUUCCUCGUCCGAAUGGGUACCAUUCUGGCAAACUCCGCGAUCCAAACGGUCGUUUUGCAUCGAAUUUGCGCAAGGAGAGCGUGGAUGCGAAGAACACCAGAAACUCCGGCAGGGCGAUGCGCGUCCGACCGCGUCCUGCGCGAGACGCGUGUCCGCUGCCAACCGUUGCCGCCGCCACCCCGUCCCGCGUCCAGGGAUUGAAAACUAAGCAGCAAUUAUGUUCUGUAACGUAUCCAACUCCAUCUGAGAGCCAGGAAACCGGCGACCUACGAAACUGGGCCGCGUCGCCGGCCGCUCGGGCCAGCGGCCGCGAUCAUAGCGGCCUCGUGGCGUGCCUCGCCGAGGCCGCCACUACCCCGGCAGAGGCUCUGGAGCUCUUCACUCUGUUUGGCGAGCGCAUUGCCCCCUUCAUCCCGUCACUAUAUGCCACGGAUUUCACGGCCCUCCCUACCCAACCGUUGUAUGUUCUGGCAGCGAUAUAUGCGGUCGCUCGGUACUUGCCCGACUCUACCGCUCUGCGCGAUCGCACCGGUUGUAUUCUUCGACGCUUAAUUUCCGAGUUGAUCUUCAGAUCCAUGGCGAACCAGUCAAGUAUUGCAAAGGCCGAGAACAUGCAGGGCCUCGUCGUGCUGUACGCGUGUUGUGAAGCGACCGGCCCCAACCACGAGGACCAGCAGGCGUUCCCAUACUUCGACAUGCUCUUUCUUAAAGGGAUUACUGAGACUUAUGCCUCGAAAAUAAGACUCGGGCUCGAUUAUACGCUGGACAAGGCCUCAGACGACAAAUUGCCCCUGGUGUGGGAGGUCUGGCUGUACACCAUGAGUCACCACUGUGCUGUCCUUCACGGCUGCCCCCGAACUCUUUCUGGUUCUGUAGAGCUUCAUCGCGCUAAAUCCGCCCUGGAGCAGACUGUGGAUCAUCCUCGCAUCCGCCUCCUGCUCGCCGAGUUCGAGCUCUGCCUGCUCUGGGAGAGUGCCUCAUCUAUCCCUGCGAGCUGCCCGAAAACUGUCAAUGACACCUUAGAUCACUGGAAAUCUCAGUGGCAAGAAUCUUUGACCGGCGCUGCCGCACCCGGCCACCAACUGUUUUUUUACUUCCACUUCACCCGGUUCCAUCUCCUUACACACCUAGUUGAUGAGGCAGGCGAAAUCUAUAUUGCCAUGAAUGAAACUUUGGAGGCAGCCCAAGACUUUCUACAAUGGUUCAAGGAUCUUCCCCCCGUAUCCAAGGACCGUCUGCGCUAUCUGUGCGACUUCGCCUUUGUACUCAUGGUCCAUGUUUGCUUGUGCGUUAUUCGAGCUCUACGGGGCGGGCUAGUACUACCUAAGUGUCGAAAAGAGUUUUUGGAACUCGUACAGGACGCGGCGGUCCUGAUGCAGUCAUUAAGCGUUAGAGCUGACACACGGCCGGCAAUCUACGGCUGUGCACUCGUCACCAUGUGCAGACAGUACCAAAGUAGUCAAGUUGACGGUAUCUCUGCUGGCGCUGCUAACAAUCUACGCGAUUCAGCAGAAUUUCUUCACCUGCCGCGGCAGACUCAACUUGACAUGGAAGUUCCCAUGGCCGCUGAAGCGCUCAUGGAUGAGGAACUCCUCCGUCAAAGCCGAUUAUCACCGGGCUUUUGGACGUUGGACCCGGAUAUUUCCGUGUUCGACGGAAUAAUAGCCGCUAUUCCCGUCCCUGAAGAGUCCGAUAUGAUUGACAAUGUAGCCCUACAUUCUAACCCUGACUGCCUCCGAAUUUCUGGCAAAUUGGCCAACCUUCACAACAGCCUGGACACAUCCCAUAGCAUAUGUCCGUUCAGCUAUCGCCGGAAGGGCGCGAAGCCCGUCACUAUCUCCAUCAACUUUGAUUCGUGA